GUACUUUUAUAUCAGCCACCCCGUACUUUUUCUUGCCGCCAAUUCACCUCGGACUGGGUCGUGCACAGACAGGGGAUACCAGCGUCCAGCUCAUCACGGAGUGUUAGCUAAGCCUCUUCAAUCUCACUUCGUCUCCAACCGCCUAAGGGCUUUUUGCUUCGCAUUUCAGUCCCGCUCUACUAUUACGACUUGCAUACCCAUUGGCCACGGGAUCUCUCGAAAUCCUCAACUGAACAAUCUACGAUCGCCAUGGGCUGUGUUCAGAGCAGGGAGGCCAAAGCAGCCAUCGCAAGAUCUAAAAUCAUAGAUAAAAAUUUGAGAGCUGAGGGAGAGACCGUUUCAAAACAGGCUAAAUUACUUCUUUUGGGCGCGGGUGAAUCAGGGAAAAGUACCAUUGUCAAACAAAUGAAAAUCAUCCAUCAAGAUGGUUACUCGAAGGAAGAAUGUUUGGAAUACCGACAGGUUGUUUAUAAUAAUACAAUCCAAAGCAUGGUCGCGAUUAUACGCGCGAUGGAGCAUUUAGGUAUCACGCUUGCUAACGAGGAGUUGACUCCCGAUGCAUCGCUGGUGCUGAGCUUUUCCAAUGUUGAUGUGACUGAACUGGGUCGCGAUUUGUCUCUUUCUCUGAGAAGAUUAUGGUGCGACCCUGGGGUACAAACAGCUAUUUCGAGAUCUAGAGAGUUCCAGUUGAAUGACUCCGCUACUUAUUACCUAAACUCCUUAGACCGGCUUUCGGAUCCAAAUUAUGUACCCUCUGAACAGGAUGUACUGCGUACUCGAGUAAAGACCACCGGCAUAGUUGAGACCAAUUUUUCAUUCAAAGGGUUGAAUAUAAGAAUGUUUGAUGUUGGUGGCCAACGGACGGAAAGAAAGAAGUGGAUCCAUUGCUUUGAGGGCGUCACUGCUAUCUUAUUUAUUGUCGCCAUGAGUGAGUACGAUCUGUCCCUGGCAGAAGACCAAGAGAUGAAUCGCAUGGUGGAAUCGAUGCGGCUGUUCAGAUCCAUCUGCAAUAACCAAUGGUUCCCAGAUACAAGCAUCAUAUUGUUCCUGAACAAGCGCGAUCUGUUUGAGGAUAAAAUCAACAAAUCCCCUUUGACCAUCUGUUUUCCUGAGUACACAGGAUCGAAUACUUAUGAAGAGGCAUCGCAGUAUAUCCGCCGAAAAUUUGAAAACCUUAGUCCACCGAAUAAGGCCAAGGACGUGUAUUCCCACUUCACAUGUGCCACGGACACAAGCAACAUUCAGUUCGUAUUCGACGCAGUCACCGAUGUGAUUAUAAAGUCGAAUCUGAAAGACUGCGGGCUCCUCUGAUUCUGUAUGACUAACUCUAUGUUUUACUUGUACUGCGUACGGUCUUUUCAGUGCAUUUACCCGUUCGCACUCGCAUGUUAUCUUCAUUUGCAUAUUUCUUCAAUCUGACGUGUACCAGUUAGGCAAUCGGAAGAUCUACUUACGUGUUUUGAUUUCAGGUGCGUUUACUUGGUUGACAUGUUCCGCACCGGUUCCGUCAUACAUUUUUCGGUGUUUUUUCUAUUUCGAAGCUUCUCUCAUAGGCGUUCCGCAACUUUCACAUAUGUCCGCUAAUCAACUGAACAUAUUCAAGCACUUUCAGUUACAUUGUCAGUUUGCAUAAAGUGCGGAAUUUGUAAUACUUCUAACGAGUAAUAGUGAUCACGUUGUUUUAUUCUUCGGUUUGUUUCCGAUGUUACGUUUGCGCAAAACCCAUACCAAAUAUGCUCCAUAUUCUACUGCAACACCUUUGAAAUCGGCCUUGGUGCUUUUGCAAGGCUUACCUCUUUCCAACUUAAAAAUUUUACUUAUCUAUUCUUGACAACCACCUCUCACUAUGUCGAAGGUGAUUUUCAAUCGAAGCCACGUCUUCGCUUUGCAAAGCACAUGUAUAUUCGACAUUUGGAACUAUAAUCGUCAAUCGCAGCAUGAUCAACAAACCGGUACCCUUCAAUAGAAGUGUGAUUGUGUUCACUCUCCCGGCGCUGCACUGAUUUUAUUUCUGAAAGUGGUUUUCCAUGAAAGGCAUCUGUGAAGUGUAUGAGCAAGCAUUGUGCGCUGUUCGUUUUUUUGUUGUUGCAUGACUUUCGUAUUCUCUGAAGCCCCUCGUUCACACUUUGCAUCUAUUCUUACCGACUGUGUCACAAGCGUUCAUCCACGGUUGACCAAUUUGUCGUUGCUUACCCACACAUCUCAUCACGAGCUCAAUGUGAACUGUUCAGUUGAACUAGCUAUCCAGUCUAUGUGAGUUUCGCAGCCUUUUGGGUUCAAUCUCAAUAGAAGUUUUUUCGACUAUGUGAUUUUAUUGCAUAUCUUAUUGUCUGAGCGUGCAUUAUACAGUAGCAUCCC